CCACUCAGGAUCUCCCUGCGACUCUUCCAAUCUCUUGUGCUCCUGGCUCUGUCCCAUUCCACCUGUUCCCCACCACCAUCUCCGAGGCAGGAUCCUGAUCCCCCCACCACCACCCCGGUUCUGUUCCCGGGGCGAUGGCAGGCCUGGGCCCCGGUGGGGGCGACUCAGAGGGGGGACCUCGGCCCCUGUUUUGCAGAAAGGGGGCUUUGAGGCAGAAGGUGGUCCAUGAAGUCAAGAGUCACAAGUUCACCGCUCGCUUCUUCAAGCAGCCGACCUUCUGUAGUCACUGUACCGACUUCAUCUGGGGCAUAGGGAAGCAAGGCCUUCAAUGUCAAGUCUGCAGCUUUGUCGUUCACCGACGAUGCCACGAAUUUGUGACCUUCGAGUGUCCAGGCGCUGGGAAGGGCCCCCAGACGGACGACCCCCGGAACAAGCACAGGUUCCGUCUACACAGCUACAGUAGCCCCACCUUUUGCGAUCACUGCGGCUCCCUUCUCUAUGGACUCGUGCACCAGGGCAUGAAAUGUUCCUGCUGCGAGAUGAACGUGCACAGGCGGUGCGUGCGCAGCGUCCCCUCCCUGUGCGGAGUGGACCACACGGAGCGCCGAGGACGCCUGCAGCUGGAAAUCCGGGCUCCAACUUCGGAUGAGAUCCACAUCACGGUUGGUGAAGCCCGUAACCUCAUUCCAAUGGAUCCUAAUGGUCUGUCUGACCCCUAUGUGAAACUGAAGCUCAUUCCGGACCCUCGGAACCUGACGAAACAGAAGACCCGGACAGUGAAAGCCACGCUAAACCCCGUGUGGAACGAGACCUUCGUGUUUAACCUGAAGCCCGGCGAUUUGGAACGGCGGCUCAGCGUGGAGGUGUGGGACUGGGACCGUACUUCCCGUAACGACUUCAUGGGAGCCAUGUCCUUUGGGGUGUCAGAGCUGCUCAAGGCACCGGUGGACGGCUGGUACAAGUUACUGAACCAGGAGGAGGGUGAAUAUUACAAUGUACCAGUGGCUGAUGCUGACAACUGCAGCCUCCUCCAGAAGUUUGAGGCCUGUAACUAUCCCCUGGAACUAUAUGAGCGGGUGCGGAUGGGCCCUUCUUCUUCCCCCAUCCCUUCUCCGUCCCCCAGCCCCACUGAUCCCAAGCGCUGCUUCUUUGGAAUGAGCCCAGGACGACUGCACAUCUCCGAUUUCAGCUUCCUCAUGGUUCUUGGCAAAGGCAGUUUUGGGAAGGUGAUGCUGGCUGAGCGCAGGGGCUCUGACGAGCUGUAUGCCAUCAAGAUACUGAAGAAGGACGUGAUUGUCCAGGACGACGAUGUGGACUGCACCCUAGUGGAGAAGCGCGUCCUGGCACUGGGGGGCCGAGGCCCCGGCGGCCGGCCGCACUUUCUCACUCAGCUGCACUCCACCUUCCAGACUCAGGAUCGCCUGUAUUUCGUGAUGGAGUAUGUCACCGGGGGUGACCUGAUGUACCACAUUCAGCAAUUGGGCAAGUUUAAGGAGCCCCAUGCAGCGUUCUACGCAGCAGAAAUCGCCAUCGGCCUCUUCUUUCUUCAUAAUCAGGGCAUCAUCUACCGGGACCUGAAACUGGACAAUGUAAUGCUGGAUGCGGAAGGACACAUCAAAAUCACUGACUUUGGCAUGUGCAAAGAGAACGUCUUCCCCGGGACCACCACCCGGACCUUCUGCGGGACCCCGGACUACAUAGCCCCGGAGAUCAUUGCCUACCAGCCCUAUGGAAAGUCUGUGGAUUGGUGGUCCUUUGGGGUUCUGCUGUAUGAGAUGUUGGCAGGACAGCCUCCCUUUGACGGGGAGGAUGAGGAGGAGCUGUUUCAGGCCAUCAUGGAACAAACCGUCACAUACCCCAAGUCGCUUUCCCGGGAAGCUGUGGCCAUCUGCAAGGGGUUCCUGACCAAGCAUCCAGGGAAACGUCUGGGCUCAGGGCCCGAUGGGGAACCUACCAUCCGUGCGCAUGGAUUUUUCCGUUGGAUCGACUGGGAAAGGCUGGAACGACUAGAGAUUCCCCCUCCGUUCAGACCCCGCCCGUGCGGCCGCAGCGGUGAGAAUUUCGACAAGUUCUUCACAAGGGCGGCGCCAGCGCUGACCCCCCCAGACCGUCUGGUCCUGGCCAGCAUCGACCAGUCAGAUUUCCAGGGCUUCACCUACGUGAACCCUGAUUUCGUGCAUCCGGACGUCCGCAGCCCCACCAGCCCGAUGCCUGUACAAGUCAUGUAAUUCCACCCAAUGCCACUAGGUGUCCUCACUGUCUCCUGCUCCAGCCUACCUCACCUCCUAACCCCUCCCCUCCCCCACUCGUUCUAGAUCCUCCUCCCCAGCGUUCUGGCCUCUGCCCGCGAUUCUAGAACCAUCCCAGCAGCAUUAUCUGUCAUUCUAGGCUCCAAAUAGGCUCUAGAGCC